AUGACUUUGUCAUGUGAUUUACAACCUUCCCUUUUCUUCUUUUUUAUCCUAUUGAUCCAUCAUAGAAAGAGAUCUGCAAGAAAAGAGAUCUGCAAGGUGUUCAUUAUGACUUUGUCAUGUGAUUUACAACCUUCCCUUUUCUUCUUUUUUAUCCUUGAUCCAUCCCUGCAAGGUGUUCAUUAUGACUUUAGAUCUCCUUUUCUCUUUCUUCUUCUUCUUCUUCUUUUCUUUUUUAUCCUAUUUCCUCUUUCUUCUUCUUCUUCUUUUUCUUCUUUUUCAACAUUCCUUCUUCUUCUUUUUCUUCUUUUAAUACUCCUUCCUUUUUUCUUCUUCUUCUUUUCUACUUUUAUCCUUCCUCUUUUCUUCUUUAUUCUUCUUUUUCCUUUUCUUUUCCUUCAUAUUCCAUCCUUUUCUUCUUUUUCUUCUUUCUCCUUUUCCUCUUUUCUUCUUCUUCUUCUUCUUUUCUUCUUUCCUCUUUCUUCUUUCUUCUUCUUUUUUUUUACUCCUAUCCUCUUUCUUCUUCAUAGAAAGAUCCCUUCCUCUUUCUUCUUCUUCUUCUUUUCUACUACUUCUUCUUUUCCUCUCCUUCUUCUUCUUCUUCUUUUCUUUUACUCCUUUCCUCUUUCUUCUUCUUCUUUUCUUUUUCUUCCUCUUUCUUCUUCUUCUUCUUCUUCUACUUUCCUUUCUUUCUUCUUCUUUUCUUUCUUCUUUUUUCUUUUCCUCCUUUCUUCUUCUUCUUUUUCCUGUUUUUUUCUUCUUUUUCUUCUUCCUUCUUCUUUUUUUCCAUUUCCUCUUUCUUCUUCUUCUUCUUCUUUUCUUCUUUUUCUUCCAUUCCUCUUUCUUCUUCUUCUUCUUUCUACUACUUCUUUUUUUUAUUCUUCUUCUUCUUCUUUUUUUUUCUUCUUUCCACUUCCUCUUUCUUCUUCUUCUUCUUUUUUCUCUACUACUCCUACUUCCUCUUUUUUCUUCUUCUUUUCUACUACUCCAUUUUCUUCUUUCUUCUUUUUUUUUUCUAGAACUACUUUCUUUAUUUCUUCUUCUUCUUCUUCUUUUCUCUACUUCCUUUCUUUUCUUCUUCUUCUUCUUUUUCUUUUACCUAUUUCUUUCUUCCUUUUUUUCUUCUUCUUUUUUUCUUUUUUUCCAAUUGUCUUUCUUCUUCUUUUUUCUUCUUUUUCUUUUUUUCCUCUUUUUUCUUCUUCUUCUUUUUCUACUACUACUCCCUUCCUUUUCUUCUUCUUCUUCUCUUCUACUACUAUUCCUCUUUCUUCUUCUUUUUUCUUUUCUUCUACUUUUCUUCCUCUUUCUUCUUCUUCUUCUUUUUUACUCUUCUUUCUUCUUUUUUCUUCUUCUUCUUUUCUACUACUACUCCUCUUUCCUUUUCUUCUUCUUCUUCUUUUUCUUACUACUUUCCCCUCCUUCUUUUCUUCUUCUUUCUUUACUACUCCGCUUCCCCCUCUUUCUUCUUCUUCUUCUUUUUCUUCUCUAGAAUACUUUCCUCUUUUUUCUUCUUCUUCUUCUUCUACUCCCAUCCCUCUUUUUUUCUUCUUCUUCUUCUUCUACUACUCCGCUUCCUCUUUCUUCUUCUUCUUCUUUUUCUACUACUACUCUUCUUUUUUCUUCUUCUUCUUCUUCUUCUUCUACUACCACUUCUUUCUUUCUUUUUCUUCUUCUUUUUUCUACUUCUUCUUCUUUUUUUCUUCUUCUUUUUUUCUUCUUCCUUUUCUUUUCUUCUUUUUCCUUUCCUCUUUCUUCUUCUUCUUCUUUUCUACUUUUUCUCCCUUCCUCUUUUCUUCUUCUUCUUCUUCUACUUCUUUUCCUCUUUCUUCUUCUUCUUCUUUUUCUACUACUACUCCGCUUCCUCUUUCUUCUUCUUCUUCUUUUUCUACUACUACUCCGCUUCCUCUUUCUUCUUUUCUUCUUCUUCUACUACUACUCCGCUUCCUCUUUCUUCUUCUUCUUCUACUACUACUCCGCUUCCUCUUUCUUCUUCUUCUUCUUUUUCUACUACUACUCCGCUUCCUCUUUCUUCUUCUUCUUCUUCUUUUUCUAUACUUUCUUCCUCUUUCUUCUUCUUCUUUUAAGUUUUCUUUUUUCUACUUUCUUUCCUCUUCUUCUUCUUCUUCUUUCUACUUACUACUUCUUUUUUUUCUUUCUUCUUCUUCUUUUCUACUUUUUUUUUCUUCUUCUUUUUCUUUUUCUUCUUUCUUCUUCUUCUUUCUUUCUUUCUUUUCCUUCCAUUUCUUUUUCUUCUUCUUCUUCUACUUUUAUCCUUCCUCUUUCUUCUUCUUCUUCUUUUUCUACUACUACUCCGCUUCCUCUUUCUUCUUCUUCUUCUUCUACUACUACUCUUCCUCUUUCUUCUUCUUCUUCUUUUAA